AAACCUUUUGCCUUUUUUCUAGGAGUAUUGAUCUGUACCUCAGUAUUGCAAGAUAUGCUGUCUGUCACUAUCCCGUUGUAAUUUUGAGUCAUAAAUUAAUUGCGGGCGGCCUAGGUCUCGGUAUCAAAAAUAUUAUAUCAUCUGCCAGCUUCUUAAACUUUGCAGCCGCAUCUUCCCUAUGUUAUGGAACAUCAGGUGUCGAAUAAAUUAUGAGCCAUGCUUUUAUUGACCAUACUCAUAUUCUGCUGACUUUUUGCAGUGACUACUGGCUUCUUCUCCCGGACAAGGGCCUGUGUUGGCAAUAUGUCUGUCAAGAUUCUGGCCGUGUUGUUACUCGCCGGUCUGACUCGUCCUCCUAUUUUGGACAGCGACAGAACCGGAGCGGGAAACUAUUGUAGCAUUGUCGACAGAAUACCCAUGAACGCUCUUGAUAUACUCUUGCACAGGCGCGCUAGCGCUAUGUUUGCGGUUCUUACGGCCUGAGCUAGCCUAUGUGAUGCUACUCGUUACUGUGAUUGCUUGACGCCAAUAUAGGAGAGUAUUUGGAUACAAUUUGGCAUGUCAAGCCCAUGGAAGUGCA